CUCAGCGCCCCCUCGGGCUCGGGCUGGGCCUCGGGGGGCGGCGGGCGGCGAUGCCGGGACGCGCUCUCCUCCGCGUGGCCCGCAGGGCCCUGGGCGCCUGGCUGCUGGGCGGCCUCUGGGUCUGGGCGCUGGGCGGCCUCUGCGGCCUGGGGGCGGCGGGGUCGGCGCGCCCGUGCCAGGCGCCGCAGCAGUGGGAGGGGCGUCAGGUGCUGUACCGGCAGAGCACCGGGCGCUACAGCCGCGCCCUGCUCUCCUACGACGGGCUCAACCAACGCGUGCGGGUGCUGGACGAGAGGAAGGCGCUGAUCCCCUGCAAGAGAUUAUUUGAAUAUAUUUUGCUCUAUAAGGAUGCAGUGAUGUUUCAGAUUGAACAAGCCACCAAGCAGUGCUCCAAGAUCACCCUGACAGACCCCUGGGACCCUCUAGACAUUCCUCAGAACUCCACCUUUGAGGACCAGUACUCCAUUGGGGGGCCCCAGGAGCAGAUCACCGUCCAGGAGUGGUCGGACAGAAAGUCAGCCAGAUCGUAUGAAACCUGGAUUGGCAUUUAUACACUCAAGGAUUGUUAUCCUGUCCAGGAAACCUUCACCAAAAAUUACAGUGUGCUGUUGUCCACACGGUUUUUCGACAUACAGCUGGGCAUUAAAGACCCGUCGGUGUUUACCCCGCCAAGCACAUGCCAGACAGCCCAGCCGGAGAGGAUGAGAGAGGACUGCUCCUGA